AUGGGUGCUUGUAUGUCUUCCGGUGGCGAUUCCGUUACAAAUAGAUCCAAUUCCGCUCUCGUCAUCUCGCCUAAGGGUGAAUUACGACGUUAUUCUUCUCCUGUUUUUGUUUCCGACGUUCUUCAAUUGGAAACUGACGGAGCUGCUUCUUCUUUCUUCGUUUGUAACUCCGACAAUUUGUCUUACGAUGAGCAUAUCAGAGCUUUGGAUUUAGAAGACGAACUAGAUGCUGGUCAGAUAUAUUUCGUUUUACCUGUUUCCAAACUUCGGGAGCGUUUGAGUGCUUCUGAGAUGGCGGCAAUGGCAGUCAAGGCUAGCGUCGCGCUUAAUGCGAAAGCGACUUAUAAAACGAUAACGCGUAGUGGAUCGCUUUCUAGAUCUAAAGCUAUGAAUAGUCAGAAAAGGAAGAACAAAUCUAAGAUUUCUCCUUUUGUGGUGAUGGAAACGAGUAAGAUCAAUGUGAUUGUUGAUCAGGAAGAGCAGAAUAAGCGAUUGGUUGAGAGUAAUUAUAAGCAACAGGCUUCGAGUUUAGGAGUUUCCAGAUCGGGAUCGAUACGGAAAUUGCAGAGAUAUUCGUCUAGGAAAGCUCGAUUGGCUGUUCGAUCUUUUAGGCUUCGUCUGUCUACCAUAUACGAAAGUGAAUCUUCUGAUCAUUCUCACAAAUACUAUUGA